GUCUCCGGCUUCCGCUCCAGGACCGAAAUGGCAACUCCGGCAGUCUCCUCGACAUCAGUCACGCUAGGCGCCCCACCACGCGCUUCCGCACUACUAAUUCUCUGGACUAGCUUCUGACCACGAGCAUGGCACCCCGCAGCCACAUGGUCGGGCGACAGCAGGCCGAUCCCCACCCUCAGGCCGCUUGGCGCUUCUUGGCCACUCCGCCUCGAGCCGCCCUUGUUACCCCAGGAUUUCUCCACGUCCCCAACUUACACGGGGUUGUAGACCCGUGGUCCCCCAGACUGGCCCACGGCAUCUCAGGGCAGAAGGCCGGUUGACAAGUAUA